AUGGCGCACGCGGCCGAACGAGGUGCCGGGUGCUUUCAGCUUGGCUGCUCCUCUGCCGACGCCAGCCUGCUGACAGCAGGUGCUGGCGUCACGUACGGCACGGAGCAUGGGCUGUCGUCCAAGGCUCAUCCCGACUCCGACGCCGACUCCGUGGAAGACCGCAUGGCGGACAAGACCAUGUCUUGGCCCGUGGCGGCGUGGGCCAUCAACGCGUCGGUCAUCGGCAUGGGCGUGCUGACGAUCCCUCGCUGCUUCGUGACCCUAGGCUGGGUCUGCAGCUUCCUCGCCCUGCUGGUCUGCUUCUCGGCCAACGUGCUCGUGGCCAGCGUGAUGCAGGAGAUCCAGCUCGAGCACCCUCGGGCAAUCUCGCUCGCGGACGCCGUGGAGAUAGCCUUCGGCGGCUCGCGCAGAGCGAAGUUCGGCGUCCGGCUGCUGCUCUACUCGGAGAAGUGGGCCUGCACCUGCGCAUACGUGCGCCUAAUGGCGAAGACGCUGGGCAGCGCGUUCUACACCGUCCAUUGGUGCGAGGCGGCGUGGUGCGGCAUCGUGAUUCUGCUUUUCAUGCCGCUCAUGCGGGUUCGUAACAUUCAGGAGACGCACUGGAUGAACGUGGUCAACUUCACCACCAUCACCUGCGCCCUGCUCAUCACCUGCCUCGGCCUCAGGCACGUCGUGCCGGAGGAGCCGCCGGUGACGCACUGGCACCCAGCAGCCUCAGGAUUUGGGGAGUUCUUCGGCGCCAUCUCGAUGAUGGUCUUCGCCUUCUCCGGGAACUGGAUGUACUUCGAGCUAAUGGCGGAGAUGGACAGGCCGCAGGACUUCCUCCGGGCCUUCACCAUCGCGGGCCCGACGCAGGUGGGCAUGUACUGCGUCACUGGGAUCGCCGGUUACGUCACGUUCGGCCAGGCGGUGCCCUUCUCGAUCAUGGACACGCUCCAGUUCGGCCUCCCGAUGCGCCUGGCUGCCCUCUUCCUGGCGGUGCACGUCAUGGCCGGCACUGGGACGAACUCCGUGAUCCUGGCCCGCUUCUUCCACUCGCGGAUCAGCCCGAAAGAC